AUGAAGUUUACUCUUUUUCUCGCCCUGGCCAGCGUUGUUGCAGCCGCUCCUGGCCGCAAGCUCAUCGCACGGGACACCUCUCCCAUCACCCCUCGUUCUGCGCGACGAUCCAGACACAGCUCUGCUCCUAACCAGAGGAUCUUCUCUCUUGAUUCUGCCAAGGACUCCAAUGUCCAGUACUCUGGCAACUGGGGCGGAGCCGUCAAGAUCGGAUCAGGCUACAAUCAGGUCCAAGGCACCAUCACUGUUCCCGAAGUGAGCGGCGAGGAUGGGUCUGCCGCCUCAGCUUGGGUUGGCAUUGAUGGCGACACAUGCCAGACCGCCAUUCUCCAGACUGGCAUCUCCUUCUACGCCGAUGGAACUUUUGAUGCGUGGUACGAGUGGAUUCCCGACUACUCGUACAGCUUCAGCAACUUUGACGUCAGUGUUGGAGAUGAGAUCAAGAUCAGCGUAGACGCUUCCUCCAAGACCAAGGGCGUGGCAACUCUCCAGAACUUGAGCACCAACCAGAAGGUUUCUCAUACCUUUACCAACACGCCCUCUACCCUCUGCGAGACCAAUGCCGAGUGGAUCGUUGAGGCGUUCCAGGAGAAUGGCAGCCAAGUCACCCUCGUCGACUUUGGCACCGUCACUUUCACCGAUGCCUCUGUCUCGGGCUCUGGAGGCACAUCUGGACCCCAGGGAGCGGUUAUUAUUGAUAUUUCGCCUGACCAGGGCCAGACCGUUCUGACUGAGGGUUCUAUCAGUGGGAGCUCGGUCACUGUCGAGUACGUUGGGAACUAA